AUGUCCGACUUCACUGUGGAGAAUGAGGAUUACAAACUUACAGCCAAAGAAUGCCGAUUACCAGCUACUGUAGAAAAAUCUCGAACGGCAGCUCGGAUAAUUGGUUGGGGCAGGGCCUACAACGUGCGCUGGAGAGCGCCUUUCAUGGAGGUUGCCCGUCAUUAUAUGGCCCUCUUGGACUCCCCGCGAAGCGAACGGGGUUUCAUUGGUGCGGCGGUAAGAACGUUCGUUGAAUCUGAAAUUGACGGCCUCACGGCGAGGUUUGUCGAAACUUUUCAGAUUACCGGGCGCGGUACCCACGAUUCGACGGCUAGCGAAUCAUCACUGGACAAAACUUGGGUAAUUGUCGCCGAUAUAGCAGCACCGGUCGUAUGGCCGCAACAAAACUCUGCUAUUGAGAGGAGAAAGAGGUCGGAUGCGUAUUGUCGUUUGAUCACCGAUGCGUUAAAGGCUUCGGACCUAACGAUUACGUCUAGUUUUGGGGCCAUGGUAUACGUGCUGCUGCUUUCAGACGAGCUAGACCCAGAAUCGUUGGAUGAGAGUGGAAUCAGAAUCCUUGACUAUCAAGGAGGUUCGAGUAUUGAGCUAGAAGGACUGGGGAAAAGUCUUAAUCAGAUUGGUAUAACAAUCGAUCACGCACUAUCGUACUGGCUACAAAGGAAGUGCGCGUCUAUUUUACCCCCUACAGAUUCUCCAUCUCGACUUAGUAUGCCCACGGGAAUAUUUGCCAGUAUUUCUGUGGUUACACCACGAAGUACUCACCUAGCAAAUCAAGCGAGGAUUCGCGACAAAUAUCGGUGUGUUCUCUCGCAUCGAUAUAGCAAAAGCGUACAAGUAUGCCAUAUCGUGGCAUACUCCAUUGGAAAAAAAGCAUCUGGGGAAUACAAGUUUGAAUUUUGGAAUUUCUUGGCCAUGUUUGUUGGGAAAGAAGCGAUGCGGAAGAUACGAGAGUACGUGGUGGGUCCCAUAGAUGAUAGGACAUUGAUCAACCGCUUGGAGAAUACCAUUUCGCUAUCACCUGGAUGCCAUUGUGAAUUCAAUGAUGGACUUUUCAUUUUGGAGCCACUUACACAAGAUGGGUCAUCUCUUCUAGCGGUAGACCUCUCAAAAUUUGCGGAAGCCGAGAUUCCAGCCAAGUAUCCAGUAAGAUACACAAAACUUCCAGGUCAAAUUAAGCCACUCGCAACAAGAGGCGCCGGUCUCCAGGGAUUAUCUAUCGAUGAUCUCGAUCCAUAUGAACUGGAUCAGGAUCCUGAUGUGGUUAACGCGAGAAUCUAUAACCAGUCGAUGGACAGAGCCCUGAGGGAUGGCGAAAUCGUCUGGCUUGAGACUGACAACCCCGACUUACGGCCGCUUCCGCAUCCCCAUCUCCUCUGGUUACAUGCUAACAUAAGCAGAGUUGUAAGGAUGUGUGGCAGAAGUGGUGAAUACGUAUAUGCGCCUGAGUCCGAUGAAGAAGAAGAGCCAGGCGCUGAUACCAAGGAGGCGGGAGAGGGUAUGACUUCCUUUUCACCAGAAUACCAGAUCGCAGGUGGCAAAGAGGGCGGAAUUGAGGGUUUAGGCCUGGCGAGGGAAGAAUGGAGUAUGGACGAUAAUGGUUCGGGGGAACAGGAGGCGAUUGACCCUACGGUGGUACCGCGCAGAAAACAAGGUGACCUUGGCUAG